UUCGGUGAUUAACUCAAACACACAGAGUCGCACAGUAGCUUCCGAGAAGAUAAACACGAUCAAACCUUCGAUCUUAUCUCCAAUCUCCAUAAUUCAACAGAACCAAAUUUCAUCAUCAAGAUUAAACACCGCCUUCCAUUAAUAUGGCAAUCAUGCCCUAUCCGUACACAUCUCUCAAAUCAUCUUCCUCAAAAAUUACUCAAUUAUUGUUGUUUUAUUUACCGGAGUUGAAUCCUUUUAGGGUUUGCGAACUCCAAGUGUUUGGUUUGUGAUUCGAAAUUGGGGCGGAUUUGGCUUUGUUAUGGCUCAAUCUGUGAACAAAGAAAGGUUGGUGGUUGGGGACUAUGUGGUGGGGAAACAAAUCGGAGCAGGUUCGUUCUCGACGGUGUGGCACGCGAGGCAUGGAGUGGAUGGCACGGAAGUGGCGAUCAAAGAGAUGGACAUGACGGAGAUGAACAAGAGAUUGCAGGAGAGUCUCAUGUCGGAGAUUCAUAUAUUGAGGCAGAUUAAUCACCCUAAUAUCAUCCGACUGCACGAUAUGAUCGAGGAAGCUGGAAAGAUAUACAUUGUAUUAGAGUACUGCCAAGGGGGUGAUCUUUCAUUAUAUAUUCGACAACACCAAGGAAGAAUCCUUGAAAUCACUGCAAAGCACUUUAUGCAGCAGCUAGGGGCUGGUCUCCAGUUCCUUCGUGCCAAUAACAUCAUACAUCGAGAUCUAAAGCCACAGAACCUUCUUCUAUCCACAAAGGACGACAGACCUGUGCUAAAGAUUGCCGAUUUUGGAUUUGCUAGAUCUCUGCAACCUAGAGGUCUUGCAGAAACAAUAUGCGGUUCACCGUUCUACAUGGCUCCAGAGAUGUUGCAACUUCAGAAGUAUGAUGCAAAGGCAGAUCUCUGGAGUGUUGGCGCCAUUCUAUUUCAGCUUGUUACUGGGAAAACCCCAUUUACUGGAGUUAAUGAAAUACAGUUGCUUCAGAACAUUGUGAAGUCAACUGAAUUGCAUUUUCCGCCUGAUAAAAGAGAUUUGAGUGCAGGCUGCAUUGAUUUGUGCCAAAAAUUGCUGCGAUGUAAUCCAGUGGAAAGGUUGACGUUUGCAGAGUUCUUUAACCAUCCAUUUCUUUCUCAAACGCAACCAGAUGCAUCCUCGAGGAACUGGAGAUCAUCGAGAAUAAUGGUUCCUCUUCCAGGAGGCAAGCCUUUGAGGAACACAGAUGAAAGUUCUCAAGAAGAUUGUUUACCUUUCCGUCUGGAUGAUGAUUCCAGUAGCCCUGAUGGGAGUCCAUCCUUUAUUAGGAGAUCCCCUUUGGGAUCUACUUGUGCUAACACUAAAAAUAAGACAGAUCAUACUUCCAAGUUUAGUAGUGUCACUCAUAACCCACUAAAUACAGGUUUUAGAAUUGACAGCUGUCGACCUUCAGAAGGAAAUAUGAAAGAAUCUUCAAAAUCCAUGGACCAUAGACCAGUAAAUACACCUUCAAAUGUUAUCGAGUCAAUGGAGUUUAUUGAGCGGGAUUAUGUUUUUGUAUCUGGUCCCCCAAUGGAUGUGUCUAUUUCAGCAAGUGGUUCUAAACCAAGCCAUUUGCUAUCAAAAUCAGGGAGUCCCCCAUUAGCAUCUGGGAACAUCAACUCCACAUCAAGUUCCCCAAUGCAGAUCAUUGGUGCAGCAACCAGUAAUAUUGGUUGUGUUGGAAGCUUUGAAAGGCAAAGCUUUGUUCCUUUUGGGACUUCACCGGGAUCUGUCAAUGCAUGGGACGUUUUGGAGCAGCGAUCUACUGAUUGCCUGAGAAGGAUUAGGUCAUUGCAACAAUGUGCAUCUGCCAUCACAGAACUAGUGAAAGAGAAGGUAACUCAUAGUACUGCCCCAAUGCACUGAAAAACUUGCCCGAGCUCUGCUGAGAAGAGGAAAAAUGCAGUCUGUGGGGUCUCCAGAGGGAUGAUAUAGGGUCCCUGCAUCUGGGAGCAACUUUCCCUAGUCAUCACCGCCCCUUCCCAAUAGAGCCAAUACAACAUUUUAGAUAUAUUUUGUUAUUUUGGUGAAAGCAGAGCUAGUUUCGUCCAUUGUGUGGACUUCACCAGCUCAAAUUUUUAAUCUUUUCUCCAGCAGCGUGCAUAUUUACAACUAUCCAUUUUAUCCAGUGACGGAUUUGCCUAGAAACUAACACUAUCUUUGGUAGUAGAUAUGCUAGGCAUCCAUUGAAUAUUCCAUAACAUUGGCUCUACUUGCAGCCUCCUUCAGGUCUCCCAUCCCGUUCAUCAAUACAUAGGGCUUUGUAUUUCAUCAAUUUGCACAUAAUUGAGUUAUACCAAAGGACGCUGUAUUUGUCAUAGCACGCCGGAGAAGACAUCUGAGGUUGUCUGGUGUAUCUAGGGUUCAAUUAUUACUGUAUACCCAUAAAAAUAAUGUGUUUAGACUCUUUUACUUGCAUGCCUUACAGUUCUUUUAAUGUUCCCUGCUGAUACCUUUAUUUUGUUUUUUAUGUAGUAUGUGUCUGCUAAUGUUUACAUAUUGCAUGAUUUGUGUAAAAGAUUGAGGCAGAAAGGCAACUUGAUGCAUUCUCAAUUCAGCUUGUAAUUCUCGCAAUAUUGAAGCAAGCACUGCGUAUUUGUCAUGCACAAGCUGCAUCAGCCAUUGAAGGUUGUCCAUCCCAAGAAGUUGCGAGAUUGAGGGAGGUCACAAGCAAGGAGCAUGUCAGUCCUAAUAUCCAAGAACAUCUUGAUACUGCUACUCAAGGGCCACAUGAUGUAUUGUCUCAGAUGAAGAGGGCAUUUAUUUGUGAAGUGGUAAAUGCUGAAGAACUUGUGCAGGUUAUAGAGCCUGGAAAUAUAGAGAUGCCAGAUGCAAUGGAGACAAUAUUUGAAUCUGCCCUUGCUCUGGGCAUAAGUGGGGCUGUUGACGAGUGCAUGGGCAAUACUGAAAAUGCUGCGGUAUUUUAUUCAAAGGCAGUGCGAUUAUUAGUAUUCCUCCUUGUGGAAGCGCCGUCUCUCAUUCUUAAUCCUCCAUUCUCCCUCACAAACUCAGACCGUUACAGGAUCCAGAUUUACAUUGAUGCCCUUAAUAGCCGGCAAAGCAUUUCAAGGUCUCAAAAAAUGGCUCCUCUCAAAUGCAAGGAUCAACAAUGCCCCCCUUAAAUUCAAGGGCUACUCUAAUAUUUUCUAUUAAUAUGAAAUGUUCACUCAGUAAAAUUCUUUAUUUGUACAGCUAUUAUUUGAGUGACUAGGGGUUGUUGGAGGAAUUGACCUUUAUGUGGGCUGGAGGUUAAAUGUUUAUAUAGUCAUUUCUGUAAUCUGAAUUUUACCAAUUUCAAAAAGAAAAUGCAUGCUGUGAGCCUGUGAUAUAGAGAAUGACAAUAUUAUAAUUUCUGUUCCAAUUUGUGUGCUUUUUUUGACCCAGUCUCUAUAUGAUAGUUUUCCAUUCACAAUCCCUCUCUUUUCUAGGA